GUUCUAAAAGAAAAAAAUACUACCUUGACAGGAUUAGUUAAACAUGAAUUUUUCAAUAUCGAAAAUGACCUUUCUGUAAUAAUCGAUCUUUGUUGUAAUAUGGCUUUUGACCUGCAAGAUAACAGGUAA